AUGGUCCCUGUUAAUUUAAUUUUUGAUUAUAUUACAUCAAUACUAACAAAACAACCUUUCGAGUUCGAUUACAAAAAAAGUAUGCAUAUUAAUAUGUUGAGUGAACUUAGAUUAUUAGAAAAAUUUCAUGCAUCGAUUUUGGAUGUUAAAGAACGAAUAAUUAAAGCAGAUAUAGUAUACAAAUAUUUAGGAGCUGAUAAAGAAAUAUCAGAUAGUUACAUAUAUUAUAAAGAGUCAUCAAACACUCAACUAGUAAAAUCAAAGGAACUAAAAUUUAAAAAACACAAAGCAAUGUUUGAAUCAAAACAAAAAUUAUUAAAUGUACUAAACACAACACAUUUAUUUCAGAGACUGUCGCAGAGAAAAAUCAAAGGAGAAAUUGAUCAAGCUCGACUUAUGUUUCAAGAAGUUCAAAAUGCGUUAGAUACAUCAUCAAACGUACAAAAUCAGUUACAUUCGCAAAAUACCAUAAAAAAUGCAAAAAUUGUGGAAAUAUUGCUACAAAUUAAUUCUAUCGAAAGUCAAUUAAAAAACCGAGUUACUGACUUUAAGUUGAUCGUUAACGAACUAGAUACAAGUAUUAAAGAAGUUACAAAAGAAAUUCUUUUGGAUUUUGAAUUUGAAAAUAGUGAAAAAGAAUAUUCGAAACAAAAUCUAAGUGAGGAUAUGAUCAAUCCAGAAUUAAGUUUUUUAAAUAUGUAUAAGGAACUAAGGAAAAUGAUCGAUUCUCUUAAACAAACGAACGUAUUGACACCAUUAAACUCAUUUACACAUAGCAAAAGUUUAUUAUAUGACGUUAAUUGGCCUGAUUUUCUGAUAACACAUAAUCUUGCGAAUGAAACAUUUCUUCUCGAUUAUCGACAGAACUGCAAUACAUUGACCUCUAUAAAUGCGUUAAUGAACAAGAUAGAUUUUAUGGAACAAGAGAUUAUUGCAAAUUUAAAAAGUACAAUUUUCUUUAUUAAUGAUGUUCGAACAAAACGGGAUACAAACAAACGAGUUCUAAAAACAUUAAAUGACGAAUUAUUUGAAUCGAAGAAGAGGAAUAAGCUGAUGAUGAACAAUUAUCAAAAGAAUGAUUAUAUAGGAGUUGAAUACAAAAAAAAUAUUCAGAAUUUAGAAGACACAAUUCACAAGUCUAACAUUCAACUGUCCGUAACAACUAAAAAUAUCAAAAAGCUAUACGACAAACUGCAUUCAUUGGAUUUGUUAAUCCAGACAACUUAUCAAAAGUACACAACUCAAAUGAUUAGCGAUUCGUACCUAGUACAGUUACCCGAUGACGAGCAAUCGAGUAAGGUGACGUUAUUAUAUGAUAAGCUAAAAACAAAUCAGAAUAGAUAUGACGAAUUACUAACGAAACGUAAAGAAAUAAUCAUGGAUGAAAUUAAAAGAAAAAAAUCGAUUGUUCAAACAAUAGUUAAAAAAAAAUCCAAUGAUAUCAUUGGAUCAAGAAAUGUAAUUGCGUCUUUUAAAAAUAACAUAAAAACAUACCAGACGUUUAAACAACAGAUUUCGAACAUAAAUGUAUCUAUAGAAAAUGCUAUCAAUGAGUUAAUUCGUCAAAAUAACCAUGGAACAUUGAAACAGUUAGCCAAUGAAGAGAUAGAAGUUAUAAGCUCUAUGAAUUCGUAUAAUAAAGAGAUCGAUGAAUUAAACAAAGAAGCCGAAACUAUAGAAACUAAUUCGGAACGCAAUGAAUUAAAAUUAAAGUCUCAAAUAGAUAAUUUGAAUGAAAAACUUAAAGAAAUAACCACCGCUAAUGCAACUCUUGAAACGGAACUGAAGAAAAAUAAAAUAUAAUUAUAUCUUUUAUAUUUCAGAUGCAUAUAGAUCUAUAUAUAUAAUAUAAUACAACU